AUGGAGUUUCUGCUAAGCUGUAUGAUCCUCCUCUUUCUAUUACCAUUCACUCUCUAUUUUCUACUUUCUAAAUGCACCAAAAACAUGAUCAAACUUCCACCAGGACCUACUCCUCUUCCUUUCAUAGGAAACCUCCAUCAAGUAGGAAAAAAGCCUCACAAAUCCUUAGCCAAAUUAGCUGAAAUUCAUGGUCCAAUCAUGAGUCUAAAGCUAGGUCAAGUAACAACCAUAGUUGUCUCUUCACCCAACAUGGCAAAAGAAAUACUCCAAACACAUGAUCAUGCCUUAUCUAACAGAGUCAUUCCACAUGCUGUAACAGUUCAUGACCACCACAAAUAUAGCAUGACAUUCUUACCCGUUUCACCUCUUUGGAGAGACUUGAGAAAAAUAUGCAGUAAUCAAUUAUUCUCUAACAAGAAACUUGAUGAGAGCCAGAAACUCAGGAGUCAGAAACUACAAGAAUUCCUCAAUUUAGAUUACAAUUUCAUUGGCAAUUUCAUCUACGCUAGAACGGGCAAUGGCAGAAUUGCUCAAAAAUGA